AAUGAUUUUUGUUGAUGCAACUUUUCUGACCGGGAGAUUUAGAGGUACCCUUAUGGCUGCUACUUGUCUGAAUGGGAAUCAAGGUUUUUAUCCGCUAGCCUUUGCAUUGGUCCCAGGAGAGGAUGUUGACAAUUGGGAUUGGUUUAUGUGCAAUCUUAGCAACAUUGUUGAUGACCGUCCUAUCACCUUUAUGUCUGAUCGUCAUGAAGGAUUGUUGAGGGCUAUUCCUAAACACUUUCCUACUUCCCAUCAUGGCUAUUGUUACUACCACUUGCAAGGAAACUUACCAAUCAGGAAAUCGGACGAGAAGUACAAAGAAGUUAUGGCUUGUUUCAAAAAAGCAACUUAUGCUCUCACACCAGCAAGAUAUGAAGAAGCACUAAUGGAAAUGGAGUUAAUGGGAAGGCCUGGGGUUGCUGAGUAUUGCCGCAAUAUGCCUAGGGAACAUUGGUCCAGCGCGUUCUUCACUGGCUGUAGAUUUGGUCAGACUACAUCAAGCGUUGCUGAGUCCUUCAAUAAUUGGAUUCGGAAAGACAAGAGGUUGCCUGCCUGCGCCCUCGUUGACAUGAUCAGGUUACGCGUUAUGGAGUUGAUGAAUGAACGUCGCGAAAUGAGUCUUUUGAUGGACCCAGAGAAGCUCACUCCUACCUACGAGGCGUUACUUAAAGAACAUAUUCAAAUUGGUCGAGUUUGGAAUGUUACUCAGUCAUCUGCGUAUGAGUAUGAGAUUCAUUCGCCUAGGUCUCACACUGUUGAUCUGCUGAACAAAACUUGCACCUGCCAAAGAUGGCGUGUUUAUGGUUCUUAUGGGUCUCCCAAGCUCAUUCGCACUCCAUCAAUUACUUCCUCCUUUGCAACUUUCUUCAUGAUGUGCAUGAUAUAUAUUGCACAAUCUGGAUAGUCUCCCUGUUGAGGUGUUGGGUAACUAAUCAUCUUUACUCUGCUUACAAGUGGAAGGCGCAGGCUCGACAAGCGUU